AUGGCGUCGCUGGCGGCGUCGGCGGCCGCGGCCGCCGCGGCGGAGGUGACGCACCUCACGCAGCGCGACGCGGCGGAGAUCGACGAGCAGCUCAUGGGCCCGCUCGGGUUCAGCGUCGACCAGCUCAUGGAACUCGCUGGAUUGAGCGUCGCGGCAGCCCUUGCGGAGGUUUACAAGUUGAAUGAACGUGCAAGGGUACUUGUUAUCUGUGGUCCAGGAAAUAAUGGUGGUGAUGGUCUGGUAGCUGCUCGUCAUCUUUAUCACUUUGGAUAUAGGCCAUCUAUUUGCUACCCAAAACGCACACCCAAACCUCUAUAUUCCGGUCUCGUUACUCAGCUUGAAUCACUGUCGAUCCCAUUCAUACCUGUUGAAGACCUACCUAAUGACUUAUCAAGGGAGUUUGAUGUUAUUGUUGAUGCAAUGUUUGGUUUCUCAUUUCAUGGAAUACUCAGACCACCUUUCGAUCAUCUUAUCCAAACGCUUGUUUCAUUGAGUGUUAUUGGAAAUUCAGAUAAAAGGCCAGCAAUUGUUUCCAUUGAUAUCCCUUCUGGAUGGCAUGUUGAAGAGGGAGAUGUUGAUGGAGGAGGGAUUAAACCUGAUAUGCUGGUGUCAUUGACUGCACCUAAGCUCUGUGCGAAAAAGUUCACUGGCCCACACCAUUUUCUUGGGGGUAGGUUUGUCCCCCCACCAAUUUUGAACAAAUAUGGACUUCAGCUUCCUCCCUACCCUGGCACAUCGAUGUGUGUGAGAAUUGGAAAAGCUCCAUCUGUUGACAUUUCAUCUCUCAGGGAGAACUAUAUUUCCCCUGAACUUCUUGAGAGCCAAGUGAUGUCUGAUCCAUUUGAUCAGUUCCUUAAAUGGUUUGAUGAAGCAGUAACAGCCGGGCUGCGUGAGCCCAAUGCGAUGGCUUUAACAACUGUCAACAAGGAGGGAAAACCUUCUUCGAGGAUGGUUCUUUUGAAGGGAGUUGAUAAACAGGGAUUUGUUUGGUAUACAAAUUAUGGUAGCCGGAAGGCACAUGACUUGUCUGAAAACCCUAAUGCAGCACUCCUUUUCUACUGGAAUGAGAUGAACCGUCAGGUAAGAGUUGAAGGAUCAGUUGAGAAGGUUCCAGAAGAAGAAUCAGAUAAAUAUUUCCACGGCCGCCCACGUGGAAGUCAGCUUGGUGCCAUAGUUAGCAAGCAGAGUACUGUCAUUGCUGGAAGAGAAGUUCUUCAACAGGCUUACAAGGAAUUGGAACAAAAAUAUUCUGAUGGUAGCUUGAUUCCGAAGCCUGAAUACUGGGGUGGCUACAGAUUGACACCAACCCUUUUUGAGUUCUGGCAAGGACAACAGUCUCGACUGCAUGACCGGUAUGCUUCAAUCAUCCUUUAUUCUGUUAUCCAUUUUCCUGAAAACCCUGUAUGCCCCAGGACGGGACAGCAUGCUACAAUACUCGCGGAGAGAAGUAGAUGGGAAUACAGUGUGGAGGGUAAAGAGCUUAUCACCAGCAGUCAAAUCUUCUCCAGCUGCAAGACGUCCGAACUGCCCCAAGAUGUUAGCGUGGUGAUUAGAUCCCGUGUUUGA